AGAUACAAAAAUAUCAGAUAAACACAUUUCCGCGACGUAAACACUUGCUUAAGGCUAUUCUUGUUUAAAAUAUUACACUUAGCAGUAUUGUGCGAUUUUUUUCUUUUUUUUUUUCCCAAUCUCGAUGCAUGUUAGUAACCACAAAAAUUUUAGAUAAACACAUUUCCUCGCUCGACGUGAACACUUGCAUUAGGCUAUUUUUGUUUAGAAUAUUACACUUAACAGUAUUCUGCGAUUUUUUCUUGUUUUUUUCCAAUCCCGAUGCAUGUUAGUAAACAUGUCGCUAACUUCUUUUGACCCGCUCUCGUUUCAUUAUGAAUAUCUGUGAUACACCGCUUAUCAGUUGUUUAAUUAGGGAACACGUUCCAAUUUUCCGAACACCUGGAGAAUUAAAAGCUCUAAGUGAAUCACAUUGCCUUCUAUUGGUGCCAUAUUUUUGCCUGAGAAUUCAUCGAUUUUUCUACGUGCGUUUAUUACUUAAUUGCUUUUCGUUUGUUUGUGUCAAGAACAAGUCAGAACUCUAGCCAGACACUAUUACAGUAACUGAGUGGUACUUUUAUGUAAAUAAAUUUGAAAUGACUUAAGUCUCACGGCAUCCAGUGCCCGAGUAUAACAUCAAGACAUGAUCAGAGUCAAAUUAUCAGCAAGACCCAAAACGACAAGAUUAAUAGUGACCAUCCAUAUCAUGUCAAAAACUCUGUGUUUACGCCUAAACAAAUGGGCCGCAGACAGUCAAGGUUGUCGAUGUGCUCAGAGUAGAACGUCUAUCUUUUACAUUUUAAGUAAAAAUCAUGAAUAAUUUUUGAUAAUCUAUGAAACUUGGUUUUCUAUGAGAGAUGCAAUUUAGCCAUAAAUGGUGAAGCAGAUGUCUUUAGGUAUUGGUAAUUGUCCACAUCCACAAAAUUUGUCUUACCAUCAGCCGAUCUCUCGCAGCUGAAAUUAUGAAAUUAUCUACCUGACACAUUUUUUUCAAUUUGAACUUUAGCUUAGGAUACGCGAUCAUGCGCCAGAAACUCUUAAUUAUUUAUUGUAGCUUAAAGUAACUAUUGAAGCAUAUUUACAUGGUAAUUCGCUGGUAAACUCUCACUGGGAGAAAUUCGCCACAAAGCGAGUUCUUGUCACCAAGGGAAAUAUAAAUCGCUAAUUAAUCGGCACUGAUAACACGAAGCGGGUUUUAAGGAGGAUACAGUACAUGAAGACCUUUCGCUCUGACGAAUUUCUCGCGAGGUCGCAGUCAAUUUUCAGAGCAGCACCUUCUUCAAAAUUCAAACUUCAAAGCAACAGCAUGAAAGAAUUAUGCCUGAAAGACAUAAACCGCACAUGAACUCGCAUACUAAACAGCCCGCAGAGUGAACUGUAGGAAUCAUGGAAGGAUGACUUCAAACUCUGCCUCCCCAAUGACAUCACGAAAGAAAGAAAGUUCCGCCAAUUCAAGAAUUAGGAUCAACGUGAGCGGAACAAUGUUUGAAACUUUAGAAGAAACCUUGUCGAGAUACCCAGACACUCUUCUUGGAUGUCCAAAAAAGCGUGUUCAAUAUUUUGAUAAGAGACAUGACGAAUACUUUUUCAACCGAAACAGGCUGGCUUUCGAUGCGAUCCUGUUUUAUUAUCAGUCAUAUGGGAGACUAGUUAGACCAGACAUGGUGCCUGAGAAUGUUUUCAUCGAUGAGGUACGUUUCUUUCAAAUACAAAGCGAUUACACUUCAACUCGUGAUAACAUCGAGUGUGCUCUUUUGGGAAAAGACGAGGAUCUACCACAGAAUUUUAUACAACGUAAGAUAUGGCUGUUGUUUUCACAUCCCGAAUCAUCAUACGCAGCCAGAGUUCUGGCAGUUUUAUCUGUUGUUAUCAUUCUUCUGUCAGUCGUUAUACCAUGUUUUGAGUCAUCAUCUAGGGACAUUGACACUACAGACAACGAUGAGAGCACGUUUUUUUCGUCCUUGGAGAUGGCGUGUUACGUUUGGUUCACCUUUGAGUUAGCGGUUCGUUUUUGCAGUGCACCUCAUAAACUGCGGUUUUUUCGCUCAAUGCUUAACUUUAUAGACAUCAUCAGCGUCUUUCCGUAUUAUGUUCUGCUAACGAUGCUAAACACUCGCGCACCAUUAUCAGUUCUGCGCGCGGCGAGAAUGCUGCGUGUUUUACGAAUAUUCAAACUGUCUCGCUACUCUAGUGGUAUGCGAAUAUUGCUAUUUACGUUCUAUACGAGUAUGAAAGAGUUGGGAAUGUUUUUGAUAUUCAUCUUCAUCAGUAUCGUGGUAUCGUCGAGCGCAGCAUUUUACGCCGAGAUUGGCUGUGAUAGCGGCGCAUUCUCCAGCAUCCCAGAUGCGUUUUGGUGGGCGGUAAACACAAUUACAACUGUGGGAUACGGCGAUCAAUACCCACUAAAUGCCUCUGGUAAAAUGGUGGGUUGUCUGUUGACCAUUUUUGGCGUUUUAAUCAUUGCUCUUCCAGUUUUCCUCUUUGUCGCUAACUUCAACAAAGUUAUGAACGCCAACAUGGCGGCUAUUGACCGGGCGGGGGAAAAAGAAAGCGCUGAAGUGAACUGAAGCCGCGGAAAUUCUACUAAAUAUUCACUGAAGUGACUUUCUCCGAUCGUUUGCCAAAUUUCAGAUCACGCGAAGUACUUUUGAGAAAGCAAAACAAAUUCUCCUACAUUGUGCACAUGAAUUUUACAAAUAUUUUUACUUUGCAUUCAACUGCUUUCAUCGAUGAUCAUUUAUUACUUGAAUGUUCUGUAAGUGCCUUCAAUUAUAGAAACUAUAAUUGCUGUCAGAACCACCUGCUAAAAAGGUUUUUAUUAAUUUUUCUUAAUUAAAAUGAUGUAAAUGUUUGUACUACCAAUGCAAAGCAAUGACUAAUCUUGUCUUUUUUUGGGCAGAUUAUUGAAGGUUGUUUGCAAAGAAGGCGUAUUGAUUGAUUACUUGAAAAGGGUUUUAGCUAAAGGGGCAAUUCAUUCUGUCUAGUGAAAGAAAAUGUUUUUAUUUAAACCUGUAUUUAAGUAACCAAUCAAUCUGUCCUAUAUGCAAACAGAUUUAAAGAGUCUGCCUGAAAAAAGGAGACAUUAGUCAUUGCUUAAAAUCCUUGAUAAGUAAACGAAUUGACACACAUUUUAAUAUUUUUCAAAUAACGCAAACUAUUUUACUUCGCAAAUAUUGACCGUGACAGUAAACUACUUUAUUUCUUCCAGAAGCAAGCUAUAUACACGAUUAAAAACUAAAAGAAAGAUGCAUAUGCUUCUAGACAAGGAAGUUAAGAGGCUACCCCUAUGCGAAAACUCCCUUUAAAAAAAUGA